GUUUAACCUGCGAUCGCAACACUGUCAACUAUCAAAGAAUAAGGUGAAGCAGAUUGGACAAAAAACAAUCUGUCAAAGUUGCUGCUGUUUUCGACUUUUGUGCAUUGGAAGAUUUUUUCACUUGCAAUAAAAAAGUGCUACCUAAAAAAACAAAGAAAAUGUUGAAAAGUUAAAACCAGUACGAAACAACUAAACUUUCAUCGAUUGUGGUUUCGUGGUAAUGCAGAGUUUGAAAACGUUUAAUACGCAUCCAGGGCCACAAAAAAAAAGCAAAUCGCAGACAGACUUGGAAACAAACAAAAGUUACAAAAAACGCGUUUGUAAUAAAUAUUUCGUUUCAUACAUAGAUUACAAAGGGAAUUGGUUUACCAUUGAAGGACAGUCUUCAACUGAAUUACCAACGCUACGCAACGCACUAAUAGGGCAGCUGAAAUCAACAACGAAUCAGUGGCGAUGGAAAAUUUGCAAGGGCGUAGCAGUGGCAAUGGUACUUUUUUCAAAAAGAAUUCUGACAUAGAAAAACUAAGUGGUAGUCGGUGUGGCAAUGCAGCGCAUGUAGGUACUAAUGUUGGAGCAGUCACGGGUUUUGUUUCAGCACAGGAUGACUGUAAUUGUCUAGGAAGUGGUGGGGAUGCCAUUAGUAGUGUCGGCGGCAGCGGUAGCAGCUGGCUAACUUGUGGACAACAACAUAUACAAAAUAACAAUAAUAACAAUAAUGCUCUAGAAUCAAACGCGCAAGCCAAGUGCAACGUCGGCAUAACAACAACGGCGUCGACGGGGACUGCUGGCGCUGCAACGGUAGCUUUGGCAAAUACAACAACAGAUGCGUCAUUUACCGGCAUCGAAAAACGAAGUGAAGGUGUUGGCGGUGGUAGCUGUGGAGGCGAAGUUGACAUUAGCGAAAGAAAAACAGCUGGGAUUACUGGCGCGAGCUUUGUUACAGCGGAUAGUAGUUGCGCUGGUAUGGCAGGCGCCAAUGGCGAUUCAAAUAAGAAGCCAAACGGUGCUGCCGCUAUAGACAUUGCAACGCCCACAUCUUCGCACGUUGCAUUAGCAGCGAUGUCUGUUGCUGCUGCUGUUUCGACACCCAGCGAUUACAAUGCAUGUACAUUUGAUGUGUUUGCAGCAGCCGCAGCUGGUACUGGAGUGGUAUCGCGUAGCGCUUCGCUCAACAACUCCACGGAGAAUCUCAGCUACAACAGUGAUAACUACUUCGCUGACGACCUAUUGCUAUUGGAGGGUGACGAUGACGUCGAUGAUGUAGAUGUGGACGCGGAGGAGAUUUCGCUCAACUCAGAUGAUUGUGUUUAUGCGUAUCGUGGUGACGGUGCGGACUUUGAUCUCGCUUUAGAUGCCAUUGCCGGACGGGGGCACGGCACUGGCAACCCUUGCAUGGCUGAUGACGAAACAGACUUUCUUGAGAUGGACUUCGAGCCUGACCCAUUGUCAGAGGUCGAGUAUGGUUCGGUUGAAGCUCCGCCUGGUCAUACAGAUGCAUUCCUAAUGCACCGCGAUGCUUGCCAUUUGAGUGGUCGACAGUCAGCAACAUUAGGUAAAUUUAACAAAAAUACGACUGCGGCGCAACGGUUGUUAUUCAGUUCGCCGAUCGAUGACAGCUUACCACCACCGGCCACUAAAACACUUCAAUCUCAGCUAAUGCUUAGCAAAAAUUUUGCUCGAAUUACCAUGCAUUUGGAUCAAAUUAAAGGAGGGAGUGGCGAAUGUGAUUCUUAUGAGCGCACACAUAGUGAUCGCGCAUCGGCGUUGGGUAUGGCCGAUGAUGCAGUUGACGCGGCCACGAAAGCUGCUCAAAUCAACGCGGCCCAUUCGCUACCGAAUACGCUACUCUCGAAUUUUGGGCGAGAUUUGCUACACUCAAAAGAUGAAAGCAAGGCAAUUCCUUCGAAAGUAACAGGCGCCAAACCGAAACGCUUCUCCACAUUUUCAACAUCUUCAUCGACAUCUUCCAAAAAUUCUUCAAAAUCUCGGAACUCGCUGCGCUCCACCUAUGCCCUAGCAACGCUCUGCAAUAGCGCCAGCUUCGAUGAGCGCAGCGCUAGUUGCACUGAGUUUCGCUGCGCAGCGCCCAAGAUUGCGGCAAGUACAGAGGAAUGCAUGCGCGCCGAAACUGGCCUAGUCACCAACACAGCCACCACAACAACAAACGAAUGCGAUGAUUCGAGUGUGAAUGAUGACACCUGCCUGGACUGCUUGGAAAAAGAAUUUUUGGCGAACACAAUUGGCAAAGCCAUAGAUUCAAAUGAGUGUACACGUUGCCACAAGCGUAGUAGCAGCAGCAUAGCGCUCUUUAAACGCGCAGCACAAACAUCAACUGGAGCAACGCGCUGCCGCAGCGGUUCACCAUUGAUCUUCAGAGAUACACGUGAUGAAUGCAUUUUUGAGACAGCAGUCGGUAAUUAUUUGCAACCAAGGAAUGUAGACUGGGCAACUACGGCUUUUAGAGAUAUACGCAUGUUAAAGAACGAUAGAUGGCUAGGUGAUAGUGUUAGUUGUGAUGAUAGUGGACUGAGUGCCAGUGAGACAAAACUCAAAGCGCGCGUACGUACUCGAAUGCGUGCACGGACAUGCGAUGAUGAGGUGUUGCAAUUCAAAACAGAAGAGGAGGGCAUGAACCAAAGACGGACCACGACGGGUGGGAGUAGCGAGCAUCCUCAAAAUAACUUUCAGCUUCUAAAGAACUUAUUAUUGACUGAAAAGGAAACUGUCACAGUUCCCACUUUAAAUUUAAGCGAGGAGUUGCUGGUGCAGGCACUGGACAAACUUCAUGUAUCUUAUAAUUUGGAACUAAUUAAAUCUCAGCUGUAUUAUGCUUCUAAUGCUGCCACUGCAACAACAAACACAACAACGACAAUGCCUUCAAUGUUGGGCAUGCACAGAAACUUUAAAGAAUUUAGGGAUUUGAAGCAUUUACUCAUACAUGAAUCGAAGAAACACUGCAAUCAUCACAAGCUGAAACGCUUAAUAGAAUUGGCUACGCGACAGCAAGUGGAAGUGCAAUUUCAACAGGAUCACCAGGAAACUUCAACUACUUUGGUGCCAGUUAAAGUCGCUGAUAUAUUGCAACAAUGGGUGCGCACGAAAAAUCUCAGCGUACUCAGGCAUUUAGAUAAACGCUUUGUAGAAGCAAAUUUAUUAGGAAAAAUCGCCAACAUCAUACGCCAGGCGCAGCAGCGUUGCACACCGCGACGACCACUGCCCGAAAGCCUAUUAAUACCACAGUAUUAUCCUGCUGGUGUUUUAAAGCUUACAAAAAAAUCUUAAAUUUUAUGCUACGCAUUAGAGCUGCGAUUUAUAUGGCUGUUUUACACAUACAUACAUAUGUUCCAUUGAAGCAUGGAAACUUAAAACGAAUAUAUUAAUAAUUAUGAAUGCAAAAGUAGGCAACAAUAAUCAUACAUAAUCAUACGCAUAAACACACACAUUUUGAUGUUGUUAUUCAUAAACGAAUGCAAUAUUUAUACGCAAAAUACAAAACCAAUACCAUGUAAUCUUAAUAUCAAAUUGAAAUAGCAGCGAAAAACAAACGGAAGUAAACGUAAUUAUGCAUUGCAUACUAUUGAUUAUUAAAAAUAUAACAUACUCAACAA